AUGUCGACCUGCCAAAGGAUUCGUGAUGCCCAGAAUUUGGAGGAAGCGCGUGAUAUCGUCAGAGAUGCAAUGACGCCGAGCCUUAUCACAUGCCCUGUUGAUACUUGGUUUGGACGGAAAUGCCUGGGAGAGUCGGGAUGGACGCAAAUCAAAGCCAAAGAGGAGACCGAAAACGAGGCGUUCGCGGUUAUUCAAUCUAUUGCUGAAGACAUUAGACAAGCGGUAAAGCAACUCAAACCAGAUGCUAAGCUGACCACUGUGAUUAGGAACGAUCCAAACCAGAGGUUUAUCAAAAUUGCGUUUCCGAGCGAUUGUAUUGCCGAAAAACCACCCAUAUUAUACAAUGAGACUUUCAAUGAUAUACGGAUGGAUAUCUCUGAUGUAGCUAUGAUCGUCGAAGUGAAAUUGAAUGGCACAGACGGUAAGGAGAGGUACAAUAACGAAUAUAAAUUAUUAACAUGUGAUGGUGCAACGGAGUUGUUGUUCAACCCUGUCGCCGCUUUUUCUUCUGUUCUGACCGGUCACCCAAUAUGGGAUAAGAAGGUAUUUAGGGAGGACGCAUAUCAGAAGUUUUCAGACGUGCUGACUGAAGUCCGGACGAAACUACCCAAUCCCUUGAAAGUUCACCGAGUCGAUACCAGUCGCAAGAAACGUCCACGUACGGUGACAGUUAAGCAGCCCAGUCCGACAUUGAAGAAGUCGAAGGGCAGUGCUCAAGGCAAUCAAUAG